CAUUUUUUUUUUUUCAUUGGAUUAAAAUUAUGUAAAUUUUUUGUUGAAACGAAAAAACCACCGCCGAGAUAAACGAGAGAUAAAGAGAGAGAAAAAAGCUAUUUUGUGUACUUUGUACGAGUUAUGAUAAAAGCAGCGAUAUGAUAUAACAAUGCAAUAAUAUUGUACUUUACUAUUUCAGUGACGCAUUUUGCAGAAUAUUCAGUAUUUCGAUAAGAUUUUGCUUAUCAUUUAAUGAAAAAAAAAAUUCCUAGAAAAUUUAUUGUUCUGGUUUUUUUUCCUUAUCAAGCAAGCUUAUCGGUUUGGCCACCAGAGUGGGCUACUCAAUAAAUUGACACAUUCCAACAAUUUCGACCAUUGCAUUGAAGUUGGUUCGAUGAAAUUGUUUUUCACUUGAAAUGUCAAACAAAUAAUAUCGCGACCAAAUUGACACCCAGAGAGAAUCACAGCUAGUUCACAUGCGAUUUAUUUGUUUUUGUGGGUUUUCGUUUGUAUUUACCAAAUCAUAACUAAAAAAUGGUGAUUUGUUCAUAUUUUUUAAAUAAUACAUGCCGUUUUGGCACUAAGUGUCACAACGAGCACGUGAAUGUCAAAUUGACCCUAAAAACAGAUGCAGAGGGUGCUCUCAAAGGUAAUCAAUGGCCACUUUCAAGCUAUGGACCGUUUCGUGAUAAACCAUGCAUACCAAAUUUCAUCGAAGAUCAAACAUUUGAAGAAAUCAGGCAUCUAUGUUAUGAAGCGAAAGCGACUGGCAAUGUUCAAAUGGUGACAAAUCAAUUUACACAAAAUAUUCUGGAUGCCAAAAAUAAAAUGAAUAUGUUAACGAAUCCGACGGAGGAUGUUGUUGGAAUGGUUACAAAUCUAUAUAAUAGCACUUGCACCACUACACCUGCAGCACAAAAUCAAACUAAUACAGCAAAUCCCUUCGGGGUGGCUUCAAAUACGAUGAAUUCGGGUGGUGGUAUCUUUGGUAGUAGUGGUGGCAACGCUGCACCUACCAAUAACUUAUUCGGGUCAUCCACCGCAACAAGCUCGAAUCCAUUUGCUAGAAAUGCGGCCGGAUUUGGCAGUGCCCAACCGCAAACUACAAAUCUGUUCGGUGGUUCGUCAACGACUACAAAUUCGAUGAAUCUCUUUGGAGGAAAUAGUGCGACUUCGAUGGGUGGUGCGACGAGUGGCGGCUCUCUAUUUGGUGGAUCAUCCUUCAAUACUAACAAUGCACAAUCAACAACAUUUGCUACUAACGCUGGUGCUAAUCAGUCGACAUCAUUGUUUGGCAGUAGCGCAGCGCCUGCUCCAUUUGGUCAGCAAAAUCCCAACGCUUCACCAUUUGGAUUAGCUUCAACGAAUCAACAGACAUCGACUGGCGGACUAUUCGGUGCUCAAGCAAAUCCAGUUUUUGGUGGCGGUGCCAAUUUCGGAAAUCAAGUUAAACAACCUGGUUUAUUUGGACAGGCAUCGCUCGGUCAACCCCAAAAUACUGGUAACAUUUUUGGACAAAAUGCAAACACAGCACCAGCUUUUGGAGCACCAGCACCACAACAAACAAACCUAUUUGGUAACACAGCACAGAAUCAAACGACAUCACUUUUUGGUGGUAGUGGUGGCCAACAACAAACCAUGCAAUCUGAUAAUCCAUUUGCUGCAGUUGCUCAAUCAGCCACCACAAAUAUUUUCAGCCAAUCUCAAAUGCAACAACAACCACAACAAGCGUCACCGUUUCAAAGUACAAACAAUACAUUCGGUGGAAAUUCUAGUGCUUUUGGUCAAAAUGCAAAUGUGGGUCAAUCAUUAUUUAAUGGUGGCAUGAGUCAAGCAAAUACAAACCAAAUGAAUGCACCGCCCACUGCUCAAGCAUCCGCUCAAUCUUUACAACAACAGCAGCAGAGCAUUUUCGGCGCAAAUUCAUACGCUGCUCAACCACAGGCUCAACCAUUCGGUGGAGGUGGAAACCAAUUCUUCCAAAAUGCACAAGAACAAAAACCAUCAACGCAACCGUUGUUCGGGGCACAGACACAACCUCAAGGGCAGCAAAAUCCUUUUGGCGCUCCAGCACCAGUCAUUCAACAAUCGAAAACUCUCUACACACCAAUGGACUCAUUAAGUCAAGAAGAAAUUGAAGCUUUCAAUAGUACUUCGUUUGAUAUAAAAAGAAUUCCCACCAAACCACCACCAAUGGAACUAUGCAUCUAACUCAAACUACACUGAAAUUGAUUUUAAUUGUAUUUGAUAUUUAGCUGUUUUAGUUGCUUUAAUUUAUGCUGUAUAAAAUUUAAAAUUAGUUAAAAAUAUAAUGGUCAUUUAAAAACAGGCAUGCAA